CAAUAUCGUAUUUUAUACACAGAGCGUGCCAUUACUAAGUAGGCGAAUUAUGAUGACGUAGUACACACCACUUAUCAUAUUAUUUAGUAACCAACCCCGAUUAGAAUUGAUAACUGGUUCCCACACGUGCUUACUGUAGCGCAGACUCACUAGGGAAGUAUAGCGACUUACUAUUAGAUACAAGCUUUGCCCUGGACACUACAUACAAGCUCGUGAAAUACUACAAUCCAACCUCCAACACAUUAUAAAUCAGCUAUCGGUAAUUAUACCAAUAUCAACGAGCACAUAAAUAUCAUUGCCGCUUAUAACCAUUCAUCCUCGCACACAAUGUCUAUAACCGCAUCAAGCACAGCCCCAUCAUAUUUAGGAACUCCCUCCAGCGUCAUACACCACGGAAGCUACGCAAAGUUUACACAUCAUGUAUCGCAAUACCGUCAAGAAUACUGGCCAGGCAAUAGGCAAUUCCUGGCCGGUUACGCGUCAGGGGUGUCACUAGUUCUAGUUGGACACAGUUUUGACACGGUCAAAGUGCGCAUGCAGACCGAGGGCAGUGGCGCUGGUGGACGUUUCAAUGGCGUGCUCGAUUGUGUGAAAAGUACAGUACAAAAGGAAGGGGUAAGGGGGUUAUACAAGGGUGCCCUUGCUCCUAUUUUGACAACUGGUGUGAUCAACUCAGUCUUGUUCGGCACACAGUUCAACUUAGUAACACGCAUCAAAAAGAACGAAGUCGCGACCACCGCCGAGGUCAUGCAGGCGGCUGUCGUAAGCGGUGCACUCAUAUCCGUACUCGUCACCCCGAUGGAGGGAGUCAAGGCACGGUUACAAGUCCAGUAUGGCAAGGGGUAUACCGGGCCCGUAGACUGCGCGAGACACGUCAUACAAAAGCUGGGUGUAAGGAAUGGACUGUACCGAGGCUGGUUGCCUGCCGCAUUGUCACGCAUGUCCAACUACUCGUACUUUGGAUCGUACGUCGUGAUCCAGUCUAUUUUGGGCAAAGUGUGCUACGGUGCAGAGGGAGCGCUAAACGCCGACGGAACGAGCCGUAAGUUGCCAGUGGCCUAUUCUAUUCUAUCCGGAGGCCUUGCCGGCUUUUGUUACUGGUUAUCCUGCUAUCCCAUGGAUGUGGUCAAGAAUCGGAUCAUGGCAGCGCCAGAUACCCAGACACCUCAGUAUACGAAUAUGCGUCAUGCAUUCAGAACAAUAUACCAGCGAGAAGGGCUAAAGGGCUUCUUUGUGGGGUUCACCCCGUGUGUGCUACGCGCUUUCCCUGCGAAUGCCGCAGCGUUUGUCGGCUUUGAGAUGACAUUGAGAUUGCUUCCAGAGUGAUUCUGGCCCUGGACCUAAAUGGGGUGACAUAGGGUAUACAUUUAGAUCUUUCGAGAUGAUAAGCUAUAAAAUAGAUACAGAUAUCGUGACAAACAAGUCACGGUCAUUGAAUCUGCCGCCUUAAUGGUGUAUCCAACAAGCGUAUUAUCGGCUUGGCUGCGAAUCAGCACUAUUUAUCUGGUACUUUUAUUCCGGCGUCGGAGAUGUGGAAGGAUUGACAGGCAACAGCAGAAUAUUGGGUAUAAGGUCAGUCUUUCUAAAAGGGUGCAAUGCACUAUCCUCAGUAGUCUUUGAUAUACAGGUCUGAUGUACGUAUGACCGCCUAUCGACAAUCAGUGCCGCCGAUAAUAGCCCGUGUGCGUUUUGUUUGGAUGCAUGCUUUUGCUUUCUCCUUACAGUGCCACGCUCGGCCUCGGCGCACGCACUGCAGUAUUGGAACGACUGAUAUAAAAAAUUGGACUAAGUGUUCAGACAGAUGGGCUGUCACACUCCUCCGCACUGGGAACCUACAAUUUAAGUAAUCUUGAUGACCGAGCCUCAUUCCAAUAUGCAAAUCACACCUACCCAUUAAAAAUUAUACAAUAGU